AUGGGGGAAGAAAAGACGGGUCAGAAGCCAUCUGACGCCAGAGAAAUAAAGCUGUAUGCCCAGAUCCCCCCCAUAGAGAAGAUGGACGCGUCUCUGUCCACACUUUCUAACUGCGAGAAGCUUUCCCUGUCUACAAACUGCAUUGAAAAAAUUGCCAACCUGAAUGGCCUAAAAAACUUGAGGAUUCUGUCCUUAGGAAGAAACAACAUCAAGAACCUAAAUGGACUGGAAGCAGUCGGGGAAACACUAGAAGAACUGUGGAUCUCCUACAAUUUUAUUGAGAAGUUGAAAGGGAUCCAUGUAAUGAGGAAACUGAAGAUUCUCUACAUAUCUAAUAACCUGGUAAAAGACUGGGCUGAGUUCGUGAAGCUGGCUGAGCUGCCGUGCCUGGAGGACCUGGUGUUCGUGGGCAAUCCCCUGGAGGAGAAGCAUUCUGCUGAGGGCAACUGGAUUGAAGAAGCUACCAAGAGGGUGCCCAAGCUGAAGAAGCUGGAUGGUACUCCAGUAAUUAAGGAGGAUGAAGAAGAGGAAAGCUAAGAGUGUACUUUCUACUUUGUGUUAAUUUAUUUAAAUGUUAUGAGAAAAAUAGAUAAGUUUUGUAUAAUUGUCUAUUUUAAAGAUUUUGUGGGCAGAGUUCUUAAGAUAAAACACAUCUCUCACUUCCAUCCUUUUAAAAAAAACCUAUUCAGUGUUUCUCCCUCAAACUAGUAGCACCAACUUAGUCCAGUCCACCGUUGGAAACUACAAAUGUCCUGGUUUUGUCCAGCUGCAUACAUUACCUGUCUCCUAGUACUUACAGACCAGCAAAGGGACCUGCUGUCUGUACUCAGUUGCUUAGCAUCUUUUAGCCCAGACAUUUUAAAGACAGACUUCACGUUCGUAGAGGGUUCAGACCCUUAUAGCUCAGAAGCACAGGUGCAGCACCCCAUUGCUUCAGUAGCAGCGUGGUGAUGGGACGCACUCCCAUAGAACACAGUGGCACCCAGAAGCAGGAUCCAGCGUCUAAUUGGAAACACUGGUCAGAAAAAGAAGAAUGGCUGUCUUGGAGCUUUCUUGGCUCAUGGUCUAUUUUCUUCUUUUUCCAAAACUGUGUGCUCUGUCAACUGGAAUUUAGGUUGUGCUACUUGGAUGGCCGCUUAAGUCAUUAUGCACAACCAGACACCCAUGGUCUAACGUGGCUGAUGUGGCUGUUGGGAUCACUCCUGGUAGUAAUGUGACCACAUCAACUCUUGUGGACCCUGCUUUGUGCAGAUUUUUAAAAUAAUUUCUCAUGUGUUUAAAGCAGUAGUCAAUAGUCCUAAGUCCUACCAUGGAGAUUUCUAAACCCUUUACCCUGAUGAUUUACCCUGCUGCAAAGACUGAAUUUGGUACCUACAAGCAAAUGAAACAGUAUUUCAAAAUAUAUAAUUUUGAGAAGAUCUAA